AUGCCAGCGGCCGACCUCCCAAAGCCACCAGACCCCCUGGCCCCUCCCCUCCGCCUCAUCGUCGCUCUCGCCUCUCUCUGCGCCAAGUCAUCUGUCACUCUUUCAGCAAGUGCCCAAAAGUGGUAUGAGGCAGAGUCGACAUCAUGGAUCCGAUCAGUCUGCAAGCUGCUGGAAUUCAACAUCGAGCAGCUACCUUCGUCUAUCGAGCCAAGCCAUGUCAAGCUCGCUGCAGAUGAGCAGAGAGAAGAGUGGAGCCGAGAGGAGAUCAUCAGGAUUGCUGGCAUUUUCAUAGAAGCCAGUGUAGCCCAGGACGCACAGGAGAGUGCAAAGAAGGGCAACAAGGAGGGUGCGCUCAAGUAUACGCCCGUUGCGCGGGCACUGUCGUAUCGAACAGCUCAGCUACUGGGACUCCCCGCCAACGAGCUCAUCCCAGGAGCCGAGAAGAACCUCGCUCAUACUCUCUUCAAAGCGCUCAAGUCUGCUUCUUACCAUGAGCAGAAAGACAAAGUGGAGAGUGCUAGGGCGGCGCAAUCUCAAGGAUGGGGUGGAUCUCUUGGGCGCCAUCUGGCUACCGGCGCUGGUGUAGUAGCUGGUGGUGUGCUUUUGGGUGUCACAGGAGGUCUCGCUGCUCCUGCAAUCGCCGCCGUCCUUGCUCCUCUCGGUAUCGGCACCGUCCUCUCCGCGUCGGCCGCCCCAGUCGUCCUCGGUACCCUCUUUGGCGUCGGUGGUGGCGGUCUUGCCGGUCGACGAGUCCGUGAAAGAUGGAGGGGCGUAGAAGAAUUCAGCUUUAUCGAGAUCGGCGAUGGCAACAAGGCUACUCAGGAAGAGAUUGAUGAUCUUCAAGCGUCAAGCAAGAAGGUCAAGGAUGACGCGGCUGCAAAGGCGAAGGAAGAGGCCGAGAAGAAGCAGGAAGAAGAAAAGCCUGGGGAGGAUGGGAGCAUCAGUGAUGAGCAAGCGGCGAAGAAUGUUGAAGCCGGACGAUUGGAUAUCGAACAAAGGCUGUUGAGUCUUACUCUCAAAUCUGGCACGAGGACGAGUAUCUCUGGGCCCAACGACUCGUUCAACGCGACUCCUGAAAGCCCUCGUGUUUCUCUCAACAAGCCGAAAGAUGAGAAAGCUAUCGCUGAAGCACCCAAACCUCCCAGUUUGACUGCCACUAUCGUCGCUCCCGGUCUUCUUACUGUAUCCCGUACCGAAGCCAUCUCCGCUUGGCGAGCUAUCUGCUCGUCCGUAUCCAGUUCUCAGGCGACUCUCGCUCCUCGUGUCGUACCUCGGGAGAAGGGUGAGCCUAUUGGGGCUGAAGAAGUCAAGGAAGGAAAGCAGCUUGGGCUCAAAGACGGGCGAGACGUCUAUCUGUUGAGAUUUGAGAGUGCCGCUAUGUUGAAGACCGGACAGGAUGUGGAAUUCUGGGUGGAAAGCAAGCUUAAAGGAUACGUCAAGAAGGAAAUCAUCAAGCGCACUCUUCUCAACGCUUACUUUGCCGCCGUCAGCCUGCCUCUAACGGUGUACUCGAUGGCCUCUAUGACUCUUGACAACACUUGGGUGCAUGCGCAGGACCGAGCCAAGAAAGCCGGUCGACUCCUUGGAGAAGUCAUCGAAAAGCGCGUUCAAGGCGAACGACCUGUCAUUCUCAUUGGCUCAUCUGUCGGAGCCUUGACCAUCCAACACGCUCUCCUCUACCUCGCCUCUCUUCCAACACCCCCCGGCGCCCGCUCCUCCGUUCCAGCAUACGUCGAAUCCGCCUUCCUCAUCUCUCUACCCGCAGCUCCGACGCAAGAAGAGUGGCAGCAGUGCAGAAGCGUGGUAGCGAGAAGAUUGGUGAAUGUGUGGAGUGAUUCUGACUUUGUGUUGGCAGGUGUUGUGAGGUUGCAUGAGGUGGUCUCGAAAGCUGCGAUGGGGUCGAGUGGGAUUCGCGUGGCCGGCUUGGGCCCUGUAGAGUACCCGGGGGUGGAGAAUGUGGAUGUGUCGUCGGUGCUGAGAGGGCAUAUGGAGCUACAGGCGAAGAUGCCGGAGAUCUUGAAUAUCAUCAAUGUCGAUGCGUAG